CGCACAUUAGCCCCUCAUAAUACAUUCUCACUGAAUACCCACUAGGUGACAACAAAGCCACCAUUUCUCGCCACCGCUUCUUUCCUCUGUAUUCUUCUAACAGAACUUUAUAAUAAUUUAAAUUUUUAAAAAAAUUCUGUUGGUUUGAGCUUUUUCAAUAAUUUGAAGCUGUGAUGCUAAACAGGUCAUAAGAAAAAUGGCUUCUUUAUACAUACUGAAAACCACUCUAUCUCCAGUUUCCAUUUCACAGCCGAAUUUUCCCGGAAAAUGGGAUUCCAGGAGAACAGUUUUCAGGUUGAAAAGUUUUAGUGCUUUGAGUUCAAGAAAACACAUCCUGAGACCGAAAUUGAGGGUUUUAUGUUCAGUUCAAGAAGGAGAAAACCAAAGCAAUGGUGAGGAACCGCCAGAAUCGUUGUUCAUGAAGGAAUUGAAGAGGAGAGGAAUGACUCCAACUUCAUUGCUCGAGGAAACUAGCAGAGGGAGUUAUGGAGUGCAAGAUGAAAUAAAGAUUGGAGAAGAAGAUAGAGGUUUUCCUAAAAGAAACGCCGUUUCUACUGAAUUUGAUAAAGGAAUUUCUAAUCAAAGAGAGCGAUCCAUGGCAUUGAAUAGUGAAGGCCUUGAGGGUUUAAUUCCUCGUGCUAAACUUUUGCUCACACUCGGAGGGACAUUCUUUCUGGGAUUUUGGCCACUGAUUCUCCUAACUGUGGCAUUCUUUUCUGGUCUUUACUUUUAUUUUGGACCAAGUUUUGUCCAUGAUGCAAGCAACAGAGCGAUCUCACCACCACCAUAUAUCGAUCCUUAUGAACUUCUUGAAGAUGAAAGAAUAUCACAAAUAGCUCCUAGUUUAAAAUGAAGGACAAGUUAUUUCUUUGAAAGCCAGAUUCCCAAGUCUUUCAAAGUAAAUUCCUGUAACUUAUUUCCUUUGUCCUUGUUAAUUCUUUCCCUAUGUAAAUACUUCAUGUACCUGUCAGUAAGAACUUCUUAAGGUAGACAUCUUUCAAUUUCCAGCUGCUUGUUGAAUGGGCAUGAAAGUUGUAAAUGGCUUAACUCUUUACUUUCUCUUUCAAAUUAUAUUCUACUAGGAUCUGUGAAAAAAUGCAGGAGAUUCUUAUUA